CUUCUUUUUCCUUUGUGGUCGAGACCGCUAACUUUCUGGUAGAUACUUUCCUACGGUCUAGUGAGGAUGACCUUUCUGAACGCUGAUUUCCUGUUGCGAUAUUAAUCCUUCCCACUUACAUAGUGAGCCUACUGUAUUCGAAAAUUACGUGCAUGAUAUCUUCGUGGACAAUGUACACAUGGAAUUGUCGCUAUGGGAUACGGCCGGCCAGGAAGAAUUUGACCGACUGCGCGCGCUAUCAUACGAGGACACACACGUGAUUAUGCUUUGUUUCAGCGUUGACAGUCGCGAUUCGUUUGAGAACGUGGCGAGCAAAUGGAUUGAAGAGAUCUCGGAGAAUUGCGCCGGCGUCAAAUUGGUGCUUACUGCCCUCAAGUGUGAUCUGAGAAAGGAUGAGUUCCUCAACGACAACCCGAACGCGAUCACCUACGAAGAAGGACUGGCGAAAGCCAAGGAAAUUGGUGCUGUGAAAUACCUGGAGUGCUCCGCCGUGCAAAAUCGUGGUAUCAUGGAAACAUUCUACGAAGCUGCAAAGGUCGCCCUGGAAGUCAGAACUCAGGGCUCUAACGGAUCCGGCGAACGGUGUGUCAUUCUCUAGACAUGCCGCUGGCCAUCCUUCAUGACUUGUCGACUAUUGCAUUGCUCUGUUCUUAUACCCUUCUACCUGCUUGCUCUUCAGCCAUUGAGCUGGAUCAUUUGCUGUGGCCAUUCCAACCGGGGAAUGCCCUGGUUUUCCCAUCACUGGCAUCGAGCUAUCAUAUCCUGGGCGUUUUCAGCCUGUCAUGCCUUGCUCUGUUCUCUUCUCUAUAUAUACUUGUUGGACCCCUUGUUGUAAUCCUGUAUACCUAAUGUUUGCUCUGGGGAUACCUUCCAGAAAAGCGCGCCAGUCGGGACACACCUAUGGCUGCUUAUCUAUAUUCCAUCACUCGCUCUGGUCGAUCACUGCGACCAUUGGUAUAGACUAUGCAAAUGUACCAUUGAUAAUGAA